AAAAUCAAUUCCAAGAAUAUCUCCAACGACAAAGACCAAAAUAGUAAUAAUUCAGUAAAACCUUUUAUUUUUGUUUUAUUAUUAAUUCCCGACGCAACAAAAUCCCCCCAUCAUCCUCUCUCUAUUGCUAAUUCAACUGAAGCAGCCGAGUGGUUUCAUUUUGCUGUGUUUUUGUAUAAAUCGAUCGAAAAGUCGUUAGAAGAGAUCAUUUGGAAUUCUGGGUUCAGCUUAGGAAAAGCAUUUUGUAUAUCAUGGCUAGUUUGGGGAGGAAGAUGAAGGUUGAUGGUGUGUUGGAAAUCCCUGAUGGAGGAGAUGCUCACUAUGAUUAUGAUUUGUUUGUGAUUGGUGCUGGGAGUGGUGGUGUUCGUGCUGCUCGGUUCUCGGCCCAAUUUGGGGCUAAGGUCGGGAUAUGUGAACUUCCAUUUCAUCCGAUCAGUUCAGAAACAAUUGGAGGAGUUGGUGGAACGUAAGUUAAUGAUAACUUCACCUAUUGACUUAUCUAAUUGGAAGUUUGGCUGUUUUCUUUCCAAUUCUUACCUGAUUAUGACUAAGACUCUGGCUUUUCGUACUUAUGACCUGAAAUUCUGCUUGUGUUUUAAAAGUUUGGAUUCUGUCCUCUGUUGGACUGGGAUGUCAUGUUAUCUGCAACAACCAAAAUAUCGUAAUUACUUAGGCCGUUCUGCUGUCAGUGUUUGCCUCAGUGAAAAUAGGCAUGCAUAGGAUAAGGUGUGUGAUUCGUGGGUGCGUUCCUAAGAAGAUUUUGGUAUAUGGAGCGUCCUAUGGGCCUGAACUUGAGGAUGCCAGGAACUAUGGAUGGGAAAUAAAUGAGAAUGUUAAUUUCAACUGGAAGAAACUUCUACAGAAGAAGACAGAGGAAAUUGUCAGGUUAAAUGGAAUAUACAAGCGGCUGCUUUCAAAUGCUGGAGUUAAACUCUUUGAAGGAGAGGGAAGGGUAGUUAGCCCACAUGAGGUUGAAGUGAUCCAACUGGAUGGAACUAAAAUUUGUUAUUCUGCCAAGCAUAUCCUGAUUGCAACUGGUGGCAGGGCUCAGCGUCCGGCUAUUCCUGGUCAGGAGUUAGCUAUUACCUCUGAUGAGGCUUUGAGCCUGGAGGAGUUGCCGAAGCGUGCUGUGGUCCUUGGUGGGGGGUAUAUUGCGGUUGAGUUUGCUUCAAUAUGGCGUGGGAUGGGUGCAACCGUGGAUCUAUUGUUCAGAAAGGAACUUCCGCUAAGAGGUUUUGAUGAUGAGAUGCGGGCAGUCGUUGCCAGAAAUCUGGAAGGCAGGGGAAUACACAUGCAUCCCCAAACUAGUAUUUCCGAGCUGGUUAAAACAGAUGAAGGAAUAAAAGUACGUACAAGUCACGGGGAAGAACUGAUUGCAGAUGUUGUGCUGUUUGCCACUGGUAGGGCACCUAACUCAAAGAGGUUAAAUUUGGAAGCUGCAGGUGUUGAACUAGAUCAAAUUGGAGCUAUUAAGGUAAAUGAGUACUCUCAGACGAACGUACCUAGCAUAUGGGCAAUUGGUGAUGUUACAAAUCGUGUCAAUCUUACUCCUGUUGCAUUGAUGGAAGGAAGUUGUUUUGCAAAAACUGUAUUUGGUGGAAAGCCUGAGAAACCUGACUAUGACAAUAUUCCUUGUGCUGUCUUCUGCAUACCGCCUCUCUCUGUGGUUGGGCUGAGUGAAGAGCAGGCUAAAGAGCAAGCCAAUGGUGAAUUGCAGGUUUUCACAUCGACAUUCAAUCCAAUGAAGAAUACAAUAUCUGGGCGCCAGGAAAAAUCAAUUAUGAAGCUCAUUGUUGAAGCUGAGACGGAUAAAGUUCUUGGAGCUGCCAUGUGUGGUCCAGAUGCUCCUGAAAUUAUGCAGGGCAUUGCUAUUGCACUGAAAUGUGGAGCAACCAAAGCACAAUUUGAUAGCACGGUUGGGAUACACCCUUCUGCUGCCGAGGAAUUUGUGACUAUGCGUUCAGAGACCAGGCGUGUCCCUGCUGCUGGUAAACCAAAGACAAACCUUUGAAGAUGAGAGUAGAAAGAAAUAUGGUACUACAGUGAUUAUUGGUAGGAAUUCAUGGUCAAUUUAGGAUUGCUAGCCGAGGUUUGUAGUGCAUUUUGUUUGAAAAACCAGAUCCUAUUUUCUUCCCAAGACACUACAGCAGUUUAGGUGAAAUCUGAACAAAAGAAAGCACCAAUUUUCUAUUGUUGUGCAUAUCAUGCUUUUGAUGCUUCUGAUGAUGUGGCUUAAUAAACAGUAAUAUUCAUCGAUCAUGUCUGUGGUAGGUUUAUAUGACUCAAUAGAAAAUUUUGUUUAAACAAAUCACAAAGACAUUAUGCUUCAUAAAAUUGACAUCAGGGGCUUAGUACCUCAGAUGUACAGGAGACUGCCCUUUCUCUUUCGUCUUCUUCCAUUGCUUCAAUCUCCAUAAAGCUUGUUGGAUCGCUAUUCUAAAUGCUUUUUUUUUUUUUU